GUAAAAACGCUGAACGGAUCGUUUGAACAAGUUCAACAAAAGUUUCUCUUUAAACGGUGUUUUUAUAUCGCUGCGUAAUGCGCGACGGGCAUCCCAGUGUCUCUCAAAAUGAGACACUAGAGGCCUGGGUCCAAAUGUAAUGGCCACACUCAUAACAAGGUGGCUACUGUCCAUCUUGUUGGUCAACGUGCCCAACUGUUUUGCUCCAGCCCCUCCUGCUGCUCCCUCUCUUCCUGACUGCUAUAUCCCAUGUGACGAGAAAAACAAUUGUGCAGAUAUCCACUGUAGAUGGGAUCCAAGUCUGGAUCCUCAGAUCCCCACCAACUACAGCCUGCACUGGGAGCCAGCAAAAAAUGAAGAGGGCCAUGUGAUCAAUGGGACCAGUCUGAGUGGGAUUAUCCAUCGUAAACACUUCAGCCAUGGAGAACUUCAUGUUUGGGUCCUGGCUAAGAACCAGCAUGGUUCUACCAGUUCUCAGAAGGCUAUGUACAUUACACACGAUAUCAUGAAGCUGCCCCCUCCUAACAUCACAUGGAGCUUUCAGGAUACAUUAGAGGUUGAAUGGGCUUUCUCCUGUGAUGAGCUGCAGAUCUCUUUGGGACACUGUGAUGUCCGAUAUCGGACUGAAGCAGACCAAGUCUGGGCUGAGGAAGAGAGUGGACUCCAUGGAUAUACAUUUGACAGUCCCCAGCCCUGCACAGUUUAUGAAUUUCAAGUUCGCUGUUCCUGUGCCAAAGGCUUGCCGAGUGACUGGAGUGCAAUCUACAGGAUACAAAGCCUUGAGGCGGCCCCGAUUGGAGAGCUGGAUGUAUGGAUGGACUGCGGGAUGUCUCAGGCACCGUCCAACUGUUUUCUUACCUGGAAGAGGCUUCCUAUAUCUCAGGCUUGCGGUCUCAUUCUAGGAUAUGAAGUCAGACUGUCUUACAGUAACUACGCUGAGGUGUUGGUCAAUUUGUCCACGUCUGAGCCAGGGGGCCAGUUGGUGUGCAGUGAGACGCAAUGCCGCUUCAAUUCCUCUAUAAAGGCUAUUUCAACAGCCAGUGUAUCUGCCUACAACACACAUGGUGCCACAGAGCCUUCUUACCUCGCUGUGCCAAUACCAGGUAAAUGGAAAAAUGAGCAAGCUAUUCACCUCAAGAUGAACAAAGAGAACCUCACUGUGUCCUGGGAUGAGCCAUCUCAGCUCUCUGAUAACCUGAAGGAAUAUGUGGUGCAAUACAAGCAAGCAGGGUGUCCUCCGGGCCAAGGGUUUGACUGGGUCAAAGUGAACAAAAACCACACAGUAGGAAUUUUAAAAGGUCAAUAUAAAAAAAACACACCCUACCAGGUGUCAUUGUUUACUAUAUCACACAGCAGUAAAGUCCAUCACCUCUCAUCAGUUAUUGGAUAUUCACUUGAAGGAACUCCCUCCAAAGUGCAAUCAUUUAAGGUGUUUUCCAUUGCUGACACUCAUGUGACCCUCUUGUGGAAGCCUGUUCCCCUCUCCAUGCAGAAUGGGGUGAUCCUGUACUACCAAUUCAUAGUAGACCAAGUAAACGGACAAAAAGUGCACAAUGUGAGUGCAUCCCCCCCGGAGGAAAAUAUGACUUUUAAGCUGCAUGGUCUCAGUCCAGGACAGAAUUAUGAGGUGCGAAUAAGAGCUGUGACUUCAGCUGGGCCUGGAGAAAAUGCCACCGUAAAUUUCAAAACGAAUCUCAAUGAAAUCUUGGUACUUCCAAUACCACUGCUCGUUGGAUUCAUUUCUGUAGUCUUAAUAUGCUUUCUUGUUAUUUUAUCCUGCUCUUUCGUGUCUGCCAAUUUUUGUCAUGGAGAAAACAAAGCAUGUCCACUGGUGCCUACAUUUUUAUAUGAGAAAGUGCCGGAUGCCCGCAACAGUCACAUUUUAAAGCACAUGAUGUACCAGGCUAAUGACCAGCUGGCUUGUAUCUGCAUUCCCGUCAAUGAGCCGCAUCCCGAGAUCUCUGUGUUGGAGGUUUUGGAAAUCCAGCCCUGUGCAGACAGGUUAACAAGGCCAGUGGUUGGAGACGGAUGCUUUGAGAUGGAAGAUGAUCAGAGGGAGGAAGCUGUCACAGAGGAGUGUCAUAGGACAGACCACAGAUAUGGAAGAGAAGAGUACAGCAAAAUGUUGGAUUCAGAUGAGGAGAAGGACAGGGAGGAGGGGUGGAGCUCAGAGGAGGACGAACAGCCAACGUCGGGUUAUGAAAAGCACUUCAUGCCAAGUGCUUUGGAAGUGCAGGUAGCUUGACAUUUUCUCGACCUUGCAUCAGAGACAUUCACCUCAAAAGCGUGUAUUUUUUUUGUUUUGUUUUGUUUUAAAUUUGCAAAAAAACGAUCAAUGUGGAAAUGUGAAUUUAGACGAUGAGCCUCUCUCUGCAGGACUGAGGUGGCGGACUCAGGUCAUUGAAGAGAUUAAUCUUCAGAAGCUUAUGACAGUGAUGCAUUCCCUCUCUCUACUCUCUCUUUACACUGUUUGCAUUUGUUUGUUUGGGUAUUUUGUUUAACUUGGUAAGUGUUUGUUUCAUGACUUUUUUGUUGUUAUUUUUUAAAAACAGGAACAACUUAUGUAGCCUCCCAUUUCUGUCUUAUGUUGAGCCUGGCUGUGUACCAAGUGUAGUACUGUAUAUUUUAUAAGGCAAAAAUAAACCAAAUGCAUAGAAAAACUGGCAAUUUAC